CGCUCAUCGGCUCAUUUCAGAACGUUUCGCAGGCAGACGACUUGCAGCUUGCAGCAACUUGCAGAAGUUGCAGACAAUGGCGAAAUAACCCGGGAUAAUUGUAAGCUAAAGCGUUAUCCUGUCAUUCGUUUUGUCGGUACUAUCAGUGACACGUGGUGCAACACAUUCAUCAUGGGCAGCACGGAUACCACGGCGAAGUUACUGAAUGAUAACCACGAGAUAGACGAGUAUGGAACUAACCUGAAGAUUCUACCCUGUAACAACCAGGUGAAAGAGUUGCAAACCAUUUUGCGUGAUAAGAAUACUACAAGGAGUGAUUUUAAGUUUUAUGCUGACCGUUUGAUCAGGCUAGUUAUUGAAGAGAGUUUGAAUCAAUUGCCUUUUACAAAAUGUGUGGUGACGACUCCAACUGGUGCCAAAUACAAAGGUUUAAAAUAUCAGAAGGGAAAUUGUGGUGUAUCUAUAGUGAGAAGUGGAGAAGCUAUGGAACAGGGUUUAAGGGAUUGUUGUCGUAGUAUUAGAAUUGGCAAGAUAUUGGUAGAAAGUGACAUGGACACACACGAAGCUAGAGUAGUUUAUGCUAAAUUUCCAGAUGAUAUAUCCGAGAGAAAAGUCUUGUUGAUGUAUCCAAUAAUGAGUACAGGAAAUACUGUUAUAAAGGCAAUAGCUGUGCUAAAGGAACAUAAUGUACUUGAAGAAAAUAUUAUUCUGUCAAAUUUGUUUUGUACACCGAUUGCAGCCAAAUCUCUAGUCACUGCCUUUCCUAAGAUGAAAAUUUUAACAUCAGAGAUCCAUACCGUUGCACCAAAUCAUUUUGGACAAAAAUAUUUUGGCUGCUCUCGUGUUGUAACGGAGACACCAAAUAUACAAGAGAAAGAUAAUUGAGGAUGUAGUAUCAUUAAAACUCAAUUAAACUGAUUAAAUAACAAAUUUAAUUUAUAAUAAAAUGAACGUUAUAACAACUUAUGUAGAGCAAUCUGAUUAUGCUAUCUAUUUUUAACUUGAAAAAGGGUAAAGAAUAUUUUUAGAUAUUGUGUACACCAAGAAAUAUAUUUUACGCAUAGCUAGUUUUUAUAUCGCUUUUGAAAGAGGUGAGCAUAUAUAUUCCAGAUUUGUUAGAUUUGUAUUCAUAUAUAUCUAAAUAUUCAUAUCAUGUGUACUUACCUUAUAUAAUAAUAGAAGACAGAAUUGAUUAAAUUUCCAAAAUAUAUUGUUAUAUUAUU